AUGAAACAACAGCAGGAAGUGAGUCGCUGCGGUGGUCAAAUACAUACAGCGAGGAACAUUUGAGUUCAACAACUGCACGAUAUAAUGCAAACAUCUACAUUGAAGUCAGAGAAUUGUCUGUAAAUUGAGGGUUUCAGAGCAGCCGGGCAAAUGAGUGUGCGUGCUUUGUGGAUUAUUUCUCACGAGAAGGGAGAACAUGUGUCAACUUUUUCAAGGAGGUAUGCUACUGUGGAGCACCGUGCAAGGAGCCUGGCAGGUUCCUCUUAUGUAGCAGUCCCAGAAGACAACACUGUGCUGCAGCUACUGCUCACAGAGCUGGGACUUUCAGACUCAGAUAAGUCUUAUGUAGCUCUCAGAGAUGACUGCCUUCAUCGUCAGCGAUCACCAGCCCUGGAGCUGCGUGUGGACAGUCAUGGAAAGGGAACACUUUGGCCAGUGUUGGCCAUCUCGCAAGGGCCUCUUAUCCUGGCUUGCCUGCCUUUAGUGGAUGCCCCAGCUGAACCUCGGCCACCCCUUGCCAGCCUGCUUUCUGUCUCCCAAGGCCUCACACUCCUGGCAGGUCUGCAGACUUUUCUCAUCGGUGCUGGGAGUAAGCCUGAUAGCGAAGGGCUGGCCUCUCGCAUGGCGAUGCUGCCCUCUGUACUCCUGCAGGUUUGUCCACUUGGCACGCCCCUGGAUGUGCCACUCCUGGGGACACCUGCUACACCCACUGUGCCCAAUCCUGCUGGCAACCAGAAGCAGCCAGCCUGGAAGAUGGGUCUCCACCGCGGUCGAGCUGUGGUGAACGUAGCGCUGACAGAAACAGUACGCUCCAUGCAGUAUGGUAACCAGAGCAGACAGGAUCUGUGGGAUGUUUUUGGCACUGUGACAUGCAAAUGUGAAGUGGAAGGGGUGCUCCCAAAUGUGACGGUGACCCUCACACUGCCACCAAAUGGUUCUCCACUACAGGACAUCUUGGUCCAUCCUUGUGUCACCUCACUGGAUUCUAGUAUCCUGACUGCCAGUAGCGUGGAUAGCUGGGAUGGCUCCGCUUUCUCUGGGCCAUAUAAGUUCCCCUUCUCUCCUCCUCUGGAACUUUUCAGACUAUGCAGCUAUACAUCUCAGGUCCCUGUUCCCCCUAUCCUUGGUUCAUAUCAACUGAAGGAGCAUGAGAACCAGCUGUGUGUCUCAGUAACCCUCAAACUUCACGAGAGUGUGAAGAACAGCUUUGAGUACUGUGAAGCACAUUUUCCUUUCUUCAACAGGGAUCAGAUGGGAGUUGUGGAUGUGAAGGUGAGCUCUGGACAACUGGAUGUCUCAAAGGAGAAGAACCUGCUGGUCUGGGGCCUGGGACAAAAGUUCCCUAAAUCUCGCGAGGUCACAAUGGAAGGCAAGAUCAGCUUUUCUGGACCGACACCAGGACCCACAGACCCCCUCUGCACAGAACUUACAGCCUAUAUCAAAUUGUAUUUCAAAGUGCCUGACAUGACGCUGUCUGGGUGCUGUGUGGACCCGCAUUCAGUGCAGGUUUAUUCCUCUGCCAAACCACGAAUUGUAACAUCCCGAGAACUUCUAUCCAAAGAGUACUUCAUAUGGAAUUCAACAGGAACUGCUCCAGUUUCCUCUGGGCAGAUGAUGCUGUAGCAUGGUUACAUUGAGAGCUGCUCGGUGGAAAGGAGCACAGUUCAUAUAUAAUGUGAACAUGAUAGGACUGAAGACCCUGUUAGAAGCAUAUACAGUGAUCAGGACUGGCUGAUGAUAGAAAAUGAGCUGACAAAUGAUAGAAAAUGUAAAAAGACAUUUUGCUUUCACUCAUAGUUCACAAUGUGCAAACUCUGACUGGCAGAAGUAUUGAUUUUGUUGAUGGAUAGAUACUUAAAACAAAGGACCCGC